AUGAGAAAAAAUAAAAAAAGAUUGAAAAUGGUCACGUAAUACAUUUAGUAGCAAGGCCAAAUAAUCAAAAUUAAGAAGAAGAAAAUUAAUAAUAAUUAUAAAAUAUAAAUAAUAACAAUUAAUAAAAUGAUGGAGAUGAAGUUAGUGUUUUAUCGGAUUUAGAAGUAUUAUAAGAUAUAUUUAGGACAUUAAAUUAAAUACAAAUGGCACAACAUAAUCAAAGAAAGAAACUACUUUAAUAAAGAACCAAAGGUUUAUAAAUUUUUAAUGAAUGAUAAUAUAUAAUAAACCAUAGGUUACACAAAUAUUUAAAAAGAUAAAUUUUGUGAGUCUAUUUAGCAAAAUUAAGAUACAAUAGAUAUACUAUUAGAAGGAAUGAAUACUAAUAUUGAUUAAAUGAAAAAAUAACAAUAUGUUGAAUCAUUCGAUUUUAUAAAAACCAAAUACAAAGUAGGAUAAUGGAUAGAUGUAAAAGAUACAGUUAAUUAAUGGUUAGAAGCAUAAAUAAUAAAAAUAAGUGGAUAAGAAUAAAAAUUAUUUGUUCAUUAUAAUGGUUGGGCAACAAGAUGGGAUGAAUGGAUAGAUGCAAAAAGUGACAGAAUAGCACUUUUUAGAACUCAUACAGUAUAAAGCUAAGCAAGUCUAACAAUGAGUCCUUAUCCGAUAAAUGAAAUCGAUGGAGAUAGAAGCGAAAUGCCUGAAAGAAGAAAAAUGGAUGAUAUUUUAUUUUAAACAUGUGGUUUAUUAAAUUAAGUUAAUUCUAAACUUAUUUAACUGACUAAAGUUUCAAAUAAAGUUAAGUUUUCACAUGAUAAACAAGAAAGUGAGGAAUAAUAAAAAUAUAAGCAAGUCCUUUCUACUUAAUUAGCUCCUAUUUUUGAUAGAACAGGGAGAAUGAUAAUGGAUUUAGCUAUGCUUUUAGGAGAAAUUGGAAGUGAAUCUUAAAGAAUAGACAAUGAUGAAGACGAAGAAGAAAAAAGCUAAUAAUCUGAUUAAAAUGAAUAAUAAUUAGCUAAUAAUAUUGAUAUUUAAAGUAUAAGAAGUAAUUCUAGCUUGGGAAGAUAUAGUAUUUAAUAAAAUGACGGCAAUUAACAUUACGAAGGAAGUUAAUCUUCGCAUAAUAAUAAUAGAAAUAGAUAAAGACAUAAUUAUAAAUUUUAAGUUCCUGUAAUGUUAAAUCCAGGUGAAUUACAUAAAGUUAAUAGUAUUAAUACAGAAAGAUUUCAAAUAUCGCGAAUUGUUCAAAUUCCUUAAAAUAUUAAUUUGUAACAAUAAUGA